AUGUGGAUGAUCAUCAAGACUGGCAUCACACUCCCACUCGACGGCACGGGAAAACUAGUUUCAUGCGAGAACUGGGGCACAUGCAUAAUAAAGAAGGUUGAAGCCAACGCUAAAGAAACAUGCACUCUUAAAUGUGGACUGACAAAGGAAGAGUUAAACCGAGUCGACCCAUUCUCAAGUCCGAAAGAGCUGUGGGAAAAACUGAUCAAGCUACACGAGGGCACUUCUAAUACAAAGGAAGGUGAGUCGGUGAGCCAACUUCAUGCUCGUAUACAAGACCUCCUCAAUUGCCUCCACACCAUCGGAUAG